GUUAUUGAUGUGGACCAGUCGCCUUGAUGCAGCGAGCUAAACAAACAUGGCUCUGCUACUCUAUCAGUUAUCGGACUUUUAUGAUACGUAGGCAUAUUAUACAGAAACAUAUGAAAGAAUUAAUUAAAAACAUGCCACACAAAGGCGUAGAGGAGGAGAGGGGGUGUUAUUAAGUUUGUUACCUUAGUGUAGCCAUUUGUGAUCGUGUUUACACACCGCCAACUCUCAGGUUGGCUAAUGUAAGCUAGCACCAUGGACCUUGGAACAAUGUUGUACAACAAUUUAAAAGAUGUUACCUGGAGCACGACGUCUCUGCCAUUAGAUCAACUAGUCAGUGCUUACAGGCUGCCGCAGAUUGCCAAGCUGGAUAACGGUCAGCUGGUUGAAGGGCUCAGGGACAACGACUACCUCUUGAUUCAUUCCUGCCGUCAGUGGACGACGAUUACUGCUCACAGUCUGGAGGAGGGACACUACGUCAUCGGGCCCAAGAUAGAGAUUCCAGUUCACUAUGAAGGUCAGUUUAAGCUUUUGGAGCAGGACCGAGAUGUCAAGGAGCCGGUGCAGUACUUCAACAGCGUGGAGGAGGUUGCCAAAGCAUUCCCUGAGAGGGUUUACGUCAUGGAAGAAAUCACUUUUAAUGUGAAGAUGGCUUCGGGAGAAUGUAAUGAAGACACUGAAGUUUACAACAUCACACUGAACACUGGUGAUGAGCUGACCCUGAUGGGUCAGGCUGAGAUCCUCUACGCCAAAACCUCCAAAGAGAAAUCAAGAUUCAACACCAUUUUUAAGAAGAUCGGGAAGCUGAACUCCAUCAGCAAGAUCGGCCGAGGAAAGAUGCCCUGUCUGAUCUGCAUGAACCAUCGGACCAACGAGAGCAUCAGCCUGCCGUUCCAGUGCAAAGGCAGGUUCAGCACCUGUAGUCCACUGGAGCUCCAGAUGCAGGACGGCGAGCACACCAUCAGGAACAUCGUGGAGAAGACCCGCCUCCCUGUCAACGUCACGGUACCCAGCAGUCCGCCCCGCAACCAGCACGACCUCCAUCUCAUCCGCGAAGGUCACCGCUACAAACUGGUCAACAUCCAGACCAAAACGGUGGUGGUGUGCUGCAUUCUGCGAAGCAACAAAAUCAUCCCCACCCACUUCCCCUUCCACAUGGCCAUGCCCAGGUUCAUCAUCCCAGAGGAGCUGCUGCAGGGGGAGCUGUGGCUGGACACCAUGGUGCAUCGCUGGUUCUCCUUCUGUCAGGAACAGUUCGACAUAGGCGACUACUCUCGAGCCGUCCGGGAUGUACGGACGGACUGGAACGACGAGGGGAAGAGCCCGAAGAAAAGCAGCGGGAAUGGAAGCUGCAGUGGAAACAGCGGAGGGGGCAACACCUCUAACGGGUGUCCCAACAUGCAGAUCCCCAGCUCCUUAACGUACGCCCGGGAUGAACUCACGCAGUCUUUCCACAGACUCUCCGUGUGCGUGUACGGGAGCAACCUGCACGGGAACAGCGAGGUGAACCUGCAGGGCUGUAUGACGCUGUGCGGAGACUGGGCACUGCUGCCGUCCGACAGCAUCCCCUCAGACUCGGGAGAGAGCGAACACUUUUUCCCCGAGCUGUUUGAAAGCUCAAACACACCAACAUCCCUUGGCAAAUCUGACGUCCCCUACGAAGAGCUGUGGUUGGAUCACCUCAGAGGUCAGGUCCCAAAACCGUCUGUAAGUGAGGGACCGCGAGGCGUCAACAAUGGCUGUACUUCAACAGCAGCUCUGUCAUUCUCUGCCACGUGUCCCGUCGGCUCAGAUGCUGCUCUUACUCCACCGCCUGUCCCACCCAAGUCUGAAGCUGUGAAGGAAGAAUGUCGUCUUUUGAAUGCCCCCCCGAUCCCUCCACGCAGUUUGAAACAGAUGCCGUCGGUUCCCAUCCUGUCAAAGCCUCGGCAGCAAGACACCCGGUCGCCAAGUCCCACCCUCUCCUAUUACUCCUCUGGUCUCCACAACAUCAGUGGGAGCAGUGAGCAGGAGCAAGCAGCCGAACCACCGGAGCAGAGUCACGUGUGCUACCCCUGUAACUGGAGCACGUCCAGCAACACUGAACCAAACACUACGCUGUCCUGCGGCAGCCUGCCGUCUGAUGGGAUGGCCUCCCGGUUGUCUUGGCCAAAUAACUUCAGCGGAGCAGAUUCCCACGGCAUGGAUGAAUUCCUGCCAGCCAGCUGUCGGAGCUACUACAGCUACCCCAGAAAGAGAACCCCGAGCUCCACGAAAACCUGCACAUCCAGCCUGGUGGACUUUGACAGCAAAGAGCGUGCACACAGCAGUAAGGACUUCAGGCUGCAGGAAGCUUCUCUGACCCAGAUCUGCACCAAGUCUUCAAGUUACAAUUCUGAAAUGUACAGAGACAAACGGAUAGAAGAGUCAGACACUAAGCAGAGUCUCUCGUGCCCUAUUUUACCACCCAGGACACCAAAAUCAAAUGCUUUAAUAAAGAAGUGCUCAGAUUUAGCACCGGGAUCAACCUGUGACAGUACCCAGGAAACACCCAGCAGCUCACUGACUCCACAGGAGCAAGGCACUAAAGAGAUAUUUUCCAUUUCUGACUCAAUAACUCCUGACUGUCCGCCCUGGCAGCCGCCGUCCAGUCUGGCCGGACUGUCCAUCGAAGAGGUUUCUAAAUCUCUCCGGUUCAUCGGCCUGCCAGACGACAUCGUGUCUCUGUUUGUGUCUGAGAAGAUCGACGGGAAUUUACUCCUGCAGCUGACGGAGGAGAUUCUCUCUGAAGACUUCAAACUGAGCAAACUGCAGGUGAAGAAACUGAUGCAGUUCAUAAACGGGUGGAGACCCAAAAUCUAACUUAACAGUAUGUGACACUACACCCUGUGUUAAAGCAGAGACAGCUAUGCCUUCAGUUUAUAUGCUAUGCACACUAAGCCACAAAGAGUUUCUUCUUGUGUCAUAUGAACUAAUUCCUUGUUACAAUAACGUGGGAGGACAGAUUCACCCACUUUAAGUCUGUGACUGCUGUUCACUAUCUGAAUACAGUAAUUCGGCACUUUCACAUAAGCUUCUUCUUCUUCGUGCUUUUCACCCAAAGCAUACUAAAGUGUUUAACGUGUAUUAACAAAUAACUAAUUAAAAGUAAAACACUGACGCUGCAAGGACAGAAAUACAACUAAGAGAUUUAUUGUUAGGGACUUUGUGUGAUUCUGACCUUGUAGGGGAGUAUCACAACUUGACCUUUACUAAAUAAUGAUGAGAUAGGAUUAACUCCGGCAGCCUAUUCACAAGCUCAGAUAGAGGAUAUUGCUGCAGGAUAUUUCUAAACAUCACCCUGCCGUUUUUCUUCACUAGUUGUUAAUAAAAAAAAAAACGCCCAUAGCUGACGGGUGUGAGAUUAACUUCUGUUCUUUUAAAAUUCAAACCACAUAAACCCAUCUUGAGGGUGACUUUGACAUUUUUUAAACUCUGCCCUUUUUAUUCCUAUUUUGAGGACUAACAAUUUAUAGAUACAAUUAAAAACAGCUCCUGUGGACUGUUUCAGCAAACACAAGUGAAACAGGCUGUAAUGUAUGUAACCUCAUUCUUUCAGGCAUUCAUGAUUGAUUACAUUUGUUUGAUAAUAACACAGAAAGAAGCCCUACAGAGACAGACUCCAUCCCCAAAAAUCGUUAUUCUACUUGUGUGUUUAAUAUUAAGUUUAAAUUUUGAAUAGCUCAGUGGUCUAAAAGUGAGAAAACACUCAGUCUGAAAGUGAACAUGUUAGUUUGCAGAGUGUGUCUUAACAUCAGCAGAGCUAGCACCACGAGCUUAUGGUCCUCCGUGAAGGUUAACGUCCACAUGUCUGUGCUGGUUACGUAUUGCUCCGGUUGAGGGGUGAUAUGUAGGGUUGCAAAGUUUCCAGUAAACUUCCAUACGAAGUUAAGCUGGGGAAUUUUGGAAAUAUUCCAAAUUGGAAACUUUCCAUGGUAGUUAUGGGAAUUUAUGGGAAUGAAAUGGGAAUUGAGGGUAAUUUAAUGGAAAGGUAUCAUAUCCAAGCAUGAAUAUUUGUUUUGUUAUAAGCAGACAUCUGUCAAAAAUAACACAAUUAAAACAGAUUUAUUUGUAAGUAGAACUUUAUCAAGUGUUAAAUAUUUUAUUUAACAAUCAAUUCUUUCAUUGAAGAACAAAAACAUGAAUGUUGAGUUAAAUAUUACUCAUCCCCCCCGACCCAACCCAUUCAAAAAUAACAAAAAAUCAAUCCCAACAAAGUCCCAUUCAAAAUGUUAAAUGAAAAGAGCCGCUCUCUCUCCAAAAAAAGUCCCAUUCAACAUGCAGAUAAAAAAAGCAUCUUCUUACAUGAAAUCUGGUUGUUUUAGUCAGGGUUAUGCUAAAAUAUAUUUUCCCCAACUAUAUUUAAGUUCCCUAUUAAGAGCCAACAUUCAAUUUAGUAAAUUCCUGUUUUUUUCCCAUGGAAAGUUUCCAACUUGGAAAAUUCUCAGAAUUUUGCAACCCUAGUUAUAUGUCAGUUUAGAUGCCAUUAACAAGAGCUGCAGCUCCCCGCAAGUGGGGGGUGGCUGCACUACAAUACACAAUAAUAGAAAUAUUAAUAAUGAAUUAAACCUACUAGUGAUCCUGAUGCUGACUAGCAAGGUUGUGGCUUUAAAUCCUUAAGUCGACUGAAGGUGCUCAUACUGGGUAAUAAGAUGGGUUGUUUUAUUUUGCAGUUGUCCUUUAUUCUGAUUAGUGAUGGAUCCAAGCUCACUAAUUAAACUGAAAUCUAAGAAUAUAAUUAGAGCCUGUUUCAUGUCUGUCUGCCAAAGCAAUCUACAGGAGCAAUUCUAAAAAAAACAAUGAAAGAUAAGAAGAGUAAAAAUAAACUCAAAGAUUCAACCUGCAACUGUCCUUAAAAAACAAUCAAGACACAUUGAAGGAUUUCUGUCAAAUUUCUGUUAAAAAGCCUUAACUUUACAUGUCAGAAAAUAUUAUUAUUACACUACAUGAUGUCACCAAAUUACGUUUUUAUUAGAACUAUUUGCUUUUUCAUUAAAAUAAUUAUUCUAACAUAUAUAUAAAAAAAUGAAUAUUUAACAAAGAGACUAAGUUUAAACAUAAAGCAAUUACCCUUAAAGAUAUACCUGAUUUGUGUAAAAGAUGUAAAACUUUGAGCAAUGAUCAGUGAACAUCAAACAAUGUUAAAGUUAUCUGUGAGUCUGUGGUGUCGUAACAAUGUAAACUUAAAGAAUGAAAUAGACGUGAGGAGAUUGAUGAUGAACCUGAACAUUUUUGGAUAUUACAGUUCUUCAUAGAACAAAAAAUAAUAAUUAUAAUACCAAACUGAAGACAGAAGUUUUAAUGUAAACUGUAAACUGUAAAAGAGUGUUGUCUGAUGUCAGGUCAUCAUUCUGUGAUUUUCCACUGUAUUGAACUCUGCUGGUAGGAUUGUGCAAACUGAAAUGAUCAUCAGCAUCUUUGUGUUUAACAGGAUGUCACUUUUUGUCUUUAUGCAAGAUCUUUAUCUCUAUUCGAUGCCUUUUAACCCUCCUGUUAUGUUCAUUUCUAAGGAACAGCAAUAAUGUUCCUGGGUCAAUUUGACCCGGGGCAUAUUAAAUUAUCCAAAAGUGUCAGAACCCAAAAAAUCCCAACACGCAUUUUUUAAAAUCCAAUUUUUAACUCCAUUACUAACCAUUUAAAUCAAGAUUUAGUCCAUUGGUGUUCUUUAAUUCUCACAGAUCAUGAUUCAAUGAGGAUAACUCACUCAUUUCUCAUUCAAAUUAAUGUUAAAACUUUUUUAAUGCACAUUGGAAAGCCCUAAAUAUAAAUACAAUAGUUUUACAUGACAUAGACAUUUGUUUAUUUCAUUUUACAUUUUGAAUUUUCUUUUUUUAUGAAGUGAUGUUGAUAAAUUAACACGAGACCUCUUCUGUCACAUGCUGCCCAGAUUUGUAUGCUGCAUUUAGCUGGUUUGGAAGCAGAUAUUACCUAAAAUAGACUUUAAAAAGGGUCAGUUUGACCCGUAACAUAACAGGAGGGUUAAUCCAAAGUUAGAUGAACUCAUUUACUCCUUUCUUUCACUGAAAACAAAGACGCUGUGACCGACUGGGGCUGAGAAAACAGUAUGUCAAAAUGAUGGAGGGCCUGAAGGUCAACUGCACAGACAUUUCAUGACUGUAAAACAAAAACAUUUCACUGAAUGCAAAAUGAUUUCACAAAAUUACAAAAUAAUGAACAAAACUCUGAAGUAUUUCAUGAAACUUGAAAAUGUUUUGCAAAUUAGAUGAGUAUUUUAGAAAAAGGAAAAAAUGCAAAAACAUUUUGUGGAUUUAUUUUGCGUUAUGUGAAAUGUUUUUCUGUUUCAUUUAAAUGCAGUUGUGCUCAUAAGUUUACAUACCCUGGCAGAAUUUGUGAUUUUUUUUAUGGCCAUUUUUCAGAGAAUAUGAAAGAUAAGAGAAACUUUUUUUUUUUCACUCAUGGUUAGUGGUUGUGUGAAGCAAAAUUCCUAUCAAACAACUGUGUUUACUUUUUUUAUAUCAUAAAGACAACAGAAACUACCCAAGAAACCAUAAACUCUGCCAGGGUAUAUAAACUUCAGAACACAACUGUAUGUGUGUGAAAUGUUUCUGACAUUCACAUAAAUGUUUCCUACAGUUCAUGACACAUUUCUGCAUUUUGCUAAAUGCUUUUUUGCAUUAUGGAAUGUUUGUGCAAAAACCCUUCAGAGCCACCGUACCUAACUGUUAGAAAUAAAUAAUAAAUAACCAUCAAGAAAUACAAAUUAUGCAUUGAGCACUUUGGUAGAUUUCAGACUUGUUGACCACAGAGGUCAUUAAAUAUAAAUAUGUUAAAGAAAAGUGUAUGUAGAGUGAAAGCAGUGUAUGCUUUACUAAAAGGUACUUCUUUGUCUGCGUUUGAUUAACACUUGUUUGUAAUGCAACAUGUCUGCGCCUUAAACCCAGAGACCUUAAAAUAUCAAAUGUUUGAAGUAAGCCUCUCUCUGAUAGAAAGAAAACAACCUGUGUUUCCCUGAGAGGUAGACAGCUCAAACUCACUGAUCUGCUCAGAUGAAAUAUUGAUUUUCAUGGUACCAAACUUUUAUUUUAAUGAACUCAGAUUUAUUUAAUUUAUGCAGCUACAUUUAACACAAUGUAAAAAAAAUAUGCAGCGUUGCUCAUGUGGGGCGGUUUGUGUGGCUGGUUUAUGAAGGUGCCUCAGCAGCAGCAGCAGCAGCCUCUGAGCUGCUGUUUUUCUUUUUUGUCCCCUCUGACACUUUUUGCAGCGGGAUGUUACACAUUUUACUUGAUAUUUUUAUUUUUAUGUAAGUGCAAAUAUAAUGUAAUUUUUUAAAGAAAGUGAUCAUUAAUGUUAAAGAUUAUUUUUAUUGAGAGAAAAAAAAGCUCAUGUUCAAAUUCCUGUCUUUUGUUAAUCCUGUAUGAUUGUGUAUUACUCGGGUUGUGUUUGGGUGUAUUACUACAUGCAUUAGAAUAACACUACGUAAACCACAGUCACACUACAUGCACAGUGACCAAAAAUGAAUGCUAAUAAACUUCUUGUCCAGGUAAUUCUGCAGGUUUACUGUACGCUGGUCACAGUAUCAACAUGUUGUAGGGUUCAGUGAUAUCUUUAACACAUUUAUUAUGUCGGAGUUUAUGUUCUAUGCAAAAUCAUGGCAGUGCAAAAACACCAACAACAAAAAAAGAAGAGUAUUAUGUCUGAAAAGUUGCCACAGUGUUUAUGUCAGGGGAAUAAACAUGCCAAAGGAUUAACCUGAAUGAUUCUGAGAUUUAAACUGUGAACAUCGAACUCACUCUCAGUAAUGCACCAUCACUGCACUGUUCAUUUUACUGUGGAGGAAAAUAACUGUGACUCUGGGUUUGAUAACAUUUCUCAGCAUUACUGAAAUCUGGACUUAUUGAUGGUCAUCUUUCAACUCUUGUUUCCUGUUUUUUGAUUGUAAAAUCUAUUAAAAAUGGAUUAACUGA